AUGAUGUGGUUUAUCGUACACGCCGCAUUCCUCGCCGCUUUCUUCCCAGAGUCUGCUCAUGCGGAUUCCCAAGAUGAUUUUGCCAACAACUUGUUUUCAGACUUGGGACCGGUGCUGGCUCUUUUCGGCGAGAAGGUGACGAUGCAAUUCAUGAGUGAAGCUAUAGGAUGGGCGGACAGCAUCAUCUUGGCCAUGGCCCCAAUUGGUAUUCUUACCAUUAUUGUUGCUGCCAUUAGGGUUGCCGGUCCCUUAUGGCUGAAGGCUGUGGUUGGGAGAGCCAGAGAGAGCGUCGCAGCCGCUGAAAUGGAGUUGAUGUCUUCAACCUCUGAAGAGGUUUGUGAGCUCUACAACGGCCAGAGUAUUGUUAGGUGUCAAGGGAAGCCAAACAUAUGGGAAUUUAUACUGCUUUUUACGAAGCGCAGAGACGGUGAUCGACCAGAUGAGCCCCCAAUCGUUGAAUUCAAAACACUUCGGCAGGCUUGGGGAAAGGACAUCGUCGACGGAACGGUUUUGGUCCCUUUCCGAUGUAAAAACACGCAUGCCGGCCGCAAAAGACACGAUACAGAGACCGGACGCAACACGAAUUCAUCAGAGAAAGCAAAGACCCCCGCCCGAUGGGAUAUCAAAGUAAUUCGAGACAUCACGACUUCUGCGCCAAAUAUAACUCUAAACAGCCACAACAAUGUCAGCCGAGUUCCAGUCCAUGUCACUGCUGUUUUCGCUACUCUACUUCAGGCUGGUUUAAUUGUCUUCUUCGGUAUCAUAACGUAUCAUCCAGACUUCAAGGGCAACUAUCUGAAAGAUGAGCAACCUGUGGAAGACUCAGCGUUUCCUCUGGUUGCAAGUGGGACGGCGCUACUAGUUCUGGGCCUCUUCAUUUGCGGCCAUGUCAUUGAAGCUAGUACAGCAGAGGAUCGGUAUAGGCCAUCCGUUGAUGGCGAGAUAGCCCAGAUUAUGUGGAUUCAGCGGGGUCAAACAGUUGGAGAUCAAGUCUUCAGACCAUACGCAACACUGCCAAAAUCAAAGCGAAUCGUCAUUACUACUUCGCGGCGAAGGGUUGGAGAAAACCAGAUGGAGACAUCUGCUGCUAGUCAUGCUGAUACUGAGGCUCCUUGCGAGGAUGGAAUGACUCAGCCUGAGAACUUCAGUGUUGCAGCUCAUGUGGAAGAGAAAGCAUCCAUUCUGGAUCGAGUAGGCGGGAAGUGGAAGCGGAAUCCAAUGAGGAACUGGGUUGUCGAGCAUAUGGACGAGAUAAAGACGGUUACUGGCACUGGCGUGAGUCUCCUUGGCUUCAUCGUGCAGUUUGUUGGGCUCCGAAAGAUGAAUUGGGCCGCGUCUGUGGCACAACUUGCUGCUGUGCUCAUCAUGGUUGGAGUGAGGGCGUGGAUUCGGCGAGGCAUAUCAAAGCCUUUGGUGCAUCGGGAGCUGGCCCCGGAUUCUGAGUUGGAAUGGCUGGCCUUGGUUCUAGGCGGCAUAAAUCACGAUGCUGACCCGUGUUUUGAGUUUUUGAAACCAAUGUCAAGCUGGGGACAGAAGUCAAAGACACCGGGGAAGCAGGCACAAACAGACAUACAUACAAGGUCUUGGACCAUUGAUACAGACAUAAACCAGGAUGUUUAUCCAUUGAGUGUUGCAAGCAAACCAGGUAGCCGAAUGGCAAAUGAAACACCUAGGUCGCGGGCCCAGUCUGUUUUGGAGAUUCAUCGAGAACUUGGCAAGCUCUCUAAUUGCCGGGGCCAAUAUUUCGACCUGGCCAUCCGUCUUGCGAAUUGCAUGGAGGCAGCUAUGAAGCUGCUGCCUGCAUCUCAAUUCAAGGGCGAGACAGCUCUUUCUUGGUUUAUUCGGGCACAAGAUGGUAUUGGAGAUCAACCCCAAUGGAUUUCUUUUCACAUCAACCGCGACGCUGACUCAAGUCCGUGGAGACUCGCCGUUGAUGAGGUGGCGUCUGCGUUGUCCCUCUGGGUUUACUCUGCACAACAAUGUGCCCGCAAAAACAGGACGCCGGAUACAAAAAUCAAUUCCAAUCACCUGAAUAGGAAUGAUGACACAUGGUUUCGGAAGACGGGGCCAAAGUCACCUUUGGGUCUUAGAGCACUGGGGCCGGGAAACGUUAUUCCCAUUGAGCAGCUUAUCCAAGAUCUCAUGUGGUGGGUUCCUGAUAAUCUAGACGGAAUCAUUGGAGUCCGGGAGAUUGGACGAGGUGACCCUGAAGGUCGUGUAUCAACAAUGCGAGUGGGCAGUAGCCAAGUGGUUGGUUACCCUUCGCUCCACGUCCAGCACAUAAUCGGGCGUCAAUGUCGCGAAUACGAUCGGGUUUUUCGCUUGUCCAAAGUUGAUGUGGAAAGUCGAAGACGGCGACGACUGGAAAUAUUACCAGAAAUGUCCGAAGAACGCGAUUCUGAUGAGCUUUGGGAAAAGUCUCGUUAUCCUGAAAUUGACGAGGUAGAGUACAUAGAGCCCGGCACAAUGCUAGCUAUCGAAUCUUAUGGCGACCUUGAGGACUUAUAUGCAAAGACGUUGCUUUGCUCGUUUCUGCGGUCCGUUGCCAAAACGUUAGAUGAACCCUUGGAAGAACAAGAAGAGGUACAGACCCGGGUGCUCCCACCCGCUGAGACAAAAACACGGAACCAGGCGCAGCUUUGGCACAAGAGUAUUGCCGAGCUGGCGAGUCAGAUCCAACAGAAUGGGCUGGGAUCUUCCCUUGAAGCACACCUUGGCAUCGUGUGGUCUCUCAGUCUUGAAGAAAGACUACCAUUUCCAAAGCCUGUCUUUGAUUCUGCUUUGUCAAAAGCAAGCGAAUUCUGGAGGUGUCGAGAUUUGAAAAUGGCGAGGCUCCCAUAUCUGUGGCUUUGGUAUCAGUGCAAGUGCUUCUGUGCGAGCCAACGACCAAUUUACGCCCACGCGAUAGCAUGUUUGAUAGAGCACCUCAAGGAUAUUCACCACCAGGAAGACAUAGCAUUUGUCAUGCACAAACCAAGAAAUACAACAGGCAUCAUACAUGACUGGAUCUGGAGCAUUCUUCAUGUCGAAAGCACAAAGAACCGUCAAGUCUUAUCUCGGCUGUCACUCCUUUACGCACCUGGGCGACACCCAUGGCCCCGGAAUCUACAACCCAUUGCUCUCACUCGCCCAGGAGACACAAUCCGAGGAGAAGGCUGGAAAAAAGCCCUCAAAAUCAGUGAAUUGCAUCAAAAGGUGCUGGAUCGCACAAAGAAACUGGACUAUGAGAGUAUCCAACAUUUUGGAGAUUUUCUUCGCUUAAGAGAUGCAACUGGGUGGACGCCUCUUCACUACCUCGUAUCAACAAGAGAAGCUGAUGCUGUCUACACGUUGCGACGAAUCCGUUGCAUCCCAUCAUAUCAGUUAGAGAUUGACAAGAAGGAUCUGCGAGGAUGGACAGCUUUGCACUAUGCUUGUUGGUACAGCUGUCGUGACGCGGUGCGUGAACUGAUCCAAAUCGGCGCCAGCAUUUCCUGUCAAGGGUUCGACGGCGCCUCACCCUUUCAUUGCGCCAUACGAUAUGAUGAAAACGACAAGAACAAUGACAACAGCAAUGAGAUUCUGGAAACUCUCCUUCACUGGCAGAAAUCGGGAGUGAAUGGUGGGACCAACAGUCGUCCACAGUCUCUUCUAGACCAUAAUGGGGAUGCCGCAAUCCACUUGGCCGUCCUAGCAGGCAAGCAGAGGGCAGUAGAAAUAUUGGUGGACGACAAGGACUUGUGCGACAAGAGAGGAAUGACGCCACUUCACAUCGCUGCUGCUUGCGGUAGGGUGGAUAUUGCCAAAAUACUCAUAAACAGCAAGGCUGAUAUUGAGGCUGGGAACUGGGGGAAAGGAACCCCUUUACACCAAGCUGUUUAUUCCGGAGAGGUAGGCGUGGCGAAGUUUCUCUUGGCCGUUGGGGCCAAUCUUGAGGCGAAGACGAUGUCGAACAAGACCCCUUUACAUGCAGCUGUUGAGGGUGAAAAUGUAGACAUGGUGAAAUUGCUCUUGGACAUUGACGCUGAUAUUGAGGCGAAGACGUCGUGGAAUGAGACCCCCUUGUAUAUAGCUGUUGAGCGUGGAAGCGCCAAGAUGGUGAAAUUGCUCCUAGAGGCUGGGGCGAAUGUUGAGGUGAAGACAAUGUUGGAUGAGACGCCUUUACACGCGGCUGUUAAGGGUGGAAAGGAAAAGAUGGUGAAAAUGCUCCUGGAGGCUGGGGCGAAUACCAUGGCGACGGAUAAAAGCAAGAAAACUCCUUUGCACCUGGCUAGCAAAGUGGAGAUCAACAAGUUACUCUUGGCCGCCGGGGCUACCAUCGACGAGGUCAACAUUACCGCCUUGCAUCAGGCUAUUUACAGAGAAGAGUUGAAAAGAGUCAAGGAGCUUCUGGAACACGGGGCUGAUGUUAAGGCGCUGGCUAUGAGGGAUCGACCACUUUUACCCUUGGCUGUCAGGAUUGGAAAGGCAGAAUUGUUGAAAACACUUAUAGAGGCCGGUGCUGACCUUGGCGCGGUGAAUGAGGAGGGUGAAAAUGCUUUCGAGGAGGCUAAUCGGGAAGGAAAGGUAGAGUUAGCGCAGAUGCUUUGGAGAGCCGGGGCCCGGGGGUCCGGAUGGGCUCAUAGCAGCAGAGGAAUGGCUGAACUUAUGUAG